GCAAGCUGCCAAUCAUGCGUAACCCUGGCUCUGGUCAAUCCCCACACACUGUACCUGACCAUCGCGUUGUGCGGGACAGAGCGCUGUCCUUUUGAGAAGUAUAGUGAACUAUAUCCUGCACUUGUUCACGUAUAUAACUGGUGAGUGUUCUUGCUAUUUUCUAAAACCGUUACUUUUUGUUCGGCAAUGUUGUAGAAUUUGGGCACGAGCGCACAGCGCACACUGAUAGCUGUCAUUAUGAAGAAUAGUUUAAGUUUAGCACAUUACAAUACGUUAUAUUAACUAUGCAAUACGUUAUACCUUUGUAUAGGUUUUAACCUAUGUACAUUAUACUUUUUAAUGAUUUCAACAUAAUUUCACUCUUAUGUUCAAUUGUUCUUUCUUUAUGCCUGCCUAUAUAAAACAAUUGGACAGGGGCACUGCGGGGUCUCCAAUAAUCUCUUAAUGCUUCACUUAAACCGUUUCAGUUUUCGCCGUCUGUUGGGUGUCUUCAGAACCUGUCAUAGCAUGCGAAGGCAUGGGGAUUUAAUCUUAUAGGAACUUUUACUUGGGACACUUGUUUCACUCAUGCGAGAACUGCACAUUCACAUUCGACUAUAUCUUAGUCACUUUGUCAAGCUCUUGUUCUCCCCUUAUUUGAUUACUUGUAUGUAUAGGCUAUUUGUAUAUGACUUUGGAAAAGUACCAUAAUAGGCCUAGGAUAUACAGUACUUCUGUCUCAUUGUUUGUGCAUAAUUGGUUAAUUGGUUAAUUGGCAUUCAGGCUAUAUUAUUGACAAAUGCUUUGCAUGGGCCCUUAUCAGUCAUAUUGCCAUUGGAAUGAAAUACACACCCAUCAAAUAAUAGCAUAAAGAAAAUGAAGUAAGAGUGCACAUUUAAUUGUUUACUACAUUUUGAAUACUGCUUGACUAUCAUCCAUGUGCCAUUUUAAAAGGCAUGUGUCCAUGCAGUUAUUGUUGUGGAAGCAGAUGCCCCAGCAGAUUUGCUGCCUGGAUAAGUCACCAGUGAUCAGCUUAGGGCAGGCAGCUUAAAAGGAACUGACCAUCACAGUUUAGAGCUUCCACUCUUCACUAUAGGGAGAUUGAAACACAUCCGAUUGUUCUGGGCAGCUGCUGGGGAUUCAAGUAUAAGAAAAGGAAAGAAAAGCAAUUAAGAGUCUGCGUAUUGCAGUAUAGUGUACUAUGCUACCAAGUGUGAUCAGGGCCGGCUCUGUUAGCUGACAUGGCUAAUUGAGUGACUGUCAGUGACUGACAACAAGAGAAACAUUGGGUUGGGCCUAUGUGAUCGCUUAUGACGCUUAUGCCUGGAGCCAGCCCUGAGUGUGAUGUAUCAGGCCAGGUAAAAAAUGCAUUGUUGCUUAGGUCUUUCAUCAGGUUUUAAACUUUCCAAUACUUCACAGAAGUGAUGACCUAAGGGUCAAAAGGGUGCCUAGCCUAAUUAGUCACACGUGGGAGGAUAUAUCGCACACUUCACAAUGCUGACCAGGGUUGGGGUCAGUGAGUACCAUUUCAAUUUAGUCUAUCCAGGAGAUUAAUGGAAAUUCCACUUAAAUAAUUGAAAAGUGCCAUUCAUUUUCAAUUAGGAUUUUGUGCUUUUUUCUUGUUUGAAAUUUUAUUUUGAAUUUUAUUUUUCACCAGGGAAGGACUUUUCAAUUCUUGAAUUUAAUUGUUUAUGCUGAAAGCUGAUGUACAGAGCUGUGUGAUGAUGAUACGUGUUGUAAUCAUGAUAGGCAUAACUGGCUGUAUGCCACAUGAUAAUAUUGAAUCACAAAGGCUUUAUGUCAAUAACAUGUAAUAGCUACUAUAACCAUAACAGCAGCCCAAAUGUUUCUACAUCACCCAAUUUCAUCCUACGAUAUCAGAAUAGUGUAUCUCCGAUGCCUUGACAGAAUAUCCAAAAUAAAUGUAUAACAUGUAAAUGAAGAACAAUAACUGUACUUCAGUUCUAAACAGUGAUAUCACCUGUUUGCUUAUCUCUGUUUUGAAGAGACAGACAGACACAUUAUUCGCAGCAGAAUGCAGCACUUGCUGUUUUGACCUCUUAUUUUUAGACAGAGCUUCAGUAUACAAGCAUGCAAUGCAAGAGGCGUGGUUUGGCCAGCUCAUUCCUCUAUGUACUGUAUGUAGAUGCCUCACCCCUGUAUCCCUGCAUGUACUGUAUAUGCCUCUCCCCAUUUCAUCCUCAUGGGAAACAUUGAGUGUUGUGUGGUGAAAGAUGGCAAUUGGUGCUCCUCUGGCAUAUUGUGUUGGUGAGGACAUAAUGAUGGGAGCAUCUUUAUCAUGUUCUACCACAGUGAUUCCCACCCCUUGGCUUGUUGUCAAGGUCUUUUCUGAGCAGCACCGUACCUCACCCAGCCUCAGUAAUGUUGGGGGGAGACCGGAGACAUUGGAUGUGAUAUACAUACAGAUAUAGCUCCUCAUUGCAAUCAUUCUCUGAUCUGACAGAAUGCCAUUCCAUAUGGACUUCAUACAGUGGAGGCUCCUCAGAGGAGGAAGGGGAGGACCAUCCUCCUCAGUGAAUUUCAUAAAAAUAAAAAUAGUGAAACAUUAAAAACUUUAUAUUUUUUAGAUAAAACUAUACUAAAUAUAUUCACGUCACCAAAUAAUUUAUUAAAACACACUGUUUUGCAAUGAAGGUUUACAGUAGCCUCAGCAGCACUCUGUAGGGUAGCACCAUUGUGUAGCCGGAGGACAGCUAGCUUCUAUCCUCCUCUGGGUACAUUGACUUACAAAACCUAGGAGGCUCAUGGUUCUCACUCCCUUCCAUAAACUUUCCCAGUAAUUAUGACAACUUCCAGAGGACGUCCUCCAACCUAUCAGAGCUCUUACAUCAUGAACUGAAAUGUUGUCCACCCAAUCAAAAGAUCAGAUAAUUAAUCUAGUACUGAAAGCAUAAGCUACAACUAGCUAGCACUACAGUGCAUAAAAUGUGAUGAGUAGAUGACUCAAAGAGAGAGAAAGACAAUAGUUUAACAGUUUUGAACAAAUUAAUUUCUUCAAAAAUUAAGGAGAAGUGAGAGAGAGAGAGAGAGAGAGAGAGAGAGAGAGAGAGAGAGAGAGAGAGAGAGAGAGAGAGAGAGAGAGAGGAGAGAGAGAGAGAGAGAGAGAGAGAGAGAGAGGAGAGAGAGAGAGAGAGAGAGAGAGAGAGAGAGAGAGAGAGAGAGAGAGAGAGAGAGAGAGAGAGAGAGAGAGAGAGAGAGAGAGAGAGAGAGAGAGAGAGAGAGAGCUAGCUAGCUAUAUUUGGUUGUAUUUAUUUUUACUUUCACUUAGCUAGCAAAUGCAGCUAGCUUGUUUAGCCUAUUCAAACACCUGGCUCAAACAGAGAGGGAUGCUAUGUUAGCUAACUGGCUAUGGCUAUCCAACACUGGAACUUUUCCAAGUCAAGGUAAGCUUUUGGUUUUAUUAAUUUAUUGCCACCGGAGCCCGCCGGUGUAACUGCUAAACUGCUUUCUGACUGUACACUGUACUGCAUGACUGUAGCGGGUUUACUAAUGCGUUAGUUCUAGUAGAUAUGUUGACUAUUAUGUGACAAUGAUGUAGGCUGUGCGUAGCGGUUAGAAGUCAUGAUAUGAAGGUUUGGCUUGGAAAUAUGUUUUAGUCUGGUCAGAGACAGCUGAUGUGUUGUCCACUGAAGUCCACAAGCGAAGGAAAAAGGUGACAGGAACUAAGGGAAAAGGUGAGAGGAGGAGAGCACGUAGAUGGUAGUGAGAAGGAAUUAUAUAUACAACGAGCAAAGUGAUCAUGCUGUUUUUAUGUGGUUGCUAUGAAAAUGAACUGUGUUUGCGUUUGAUCAGGUGUGUAUUCAUUCCGCCGAUUCUGUUGAGAAACGUUUCUUAAACAGAAGCAAACGGGAUACAUUUGUCCAUCGAAACUCCCAUUUGCAACAGUUGGACUGAUGUUGGACUGUAAUAGAAAUAAGGCCAUGCUCAUAAAAAAAGUAUAAUUCUCCCUAAUCUUAAACGGCACCGACCACCACUGACUUCAUGCUGUUUUAGAUUCUAGUAACUGCAAGACUUUGGUCUGACUCUCUAAUUCUAGUUUACUAUGGUGUUGGACCAAAUACUGUUCUAUCCUCAUCUGGCUCUAGACUGAGAAGUAUAAUGUGGUGCAUCUGGGUCUGCACAGAUUAAAACAUAUUGACAAUGCCUGGACACAAUUCCUGGACACAAUGCCUGGACACAGUGCCUGGACACAAUGCCUGGACACACCUACUACCAUACCCCGUUCAAAGGCACUUAAAUCUUUUGACUUGCCCAUUCACCCUCUAUUUCUCAAUUGUCUCAAGGCUUCAAAAUCCUUCUUUAACCUGUCUCCUCCCCUUUAUCUACACUGAUGUAAGUGGAUUUAACAAGUGACAUCAAUAAGGGAGCGUAGCUUCACCUGGAUUCACCUGGUCAGUCUAUGUUAUGCAAAGAGCAGGUGUUCAUAAUGUUUGUAAAUUGCAAAUUCCCAGGUUUUUCAGAAUUCCCGGUUAGAGGACUAGCAGAAUCAGAAAGGAAUAAGCAGUUAUGUACAGAAUUAUUUUGACAGUAUCUGGAAGGCCCCCAUACUCCACUCACCUAUCAGAUUGCUAUCUCUUUCAUGUUCAUACCUCUAUGUGAAGAGCAGAUGUGGAGGCUGCUGCUGUGUCAUCCCAUUAAGGUGCUAUCUGUCUGAGGAUAUAGCCUGGCUAGAAUAUCUGUGGGGCAUGGUGAGAGACAGGAAGUCUGCAGCAAGGCUAGAGUUUCGUGGAAAGAUGUAAGGAGAUCAGGGAGGUGGUGGCAUGCCAUUUCAGGCCCAUAGGUCAUCCCAGUCACUAUCACCACACAGAAGCACCACAUAAGCACCCUUGACAGCAUGUGACAGAGUCCAUAAAGUCCAUGCAUUUUUGCACCUCAUGAUGUUUGUAAGUAUGCGUAUCGGCAUACCAGUUGACUCGACUUACAGCAAAAUCAAUACCACUCCCAAUUGAUAUAGCGAUUUUGGAGACUCUUGCCUUGUACGCCAGAACAUUUCUGGAGUAAGAUCUGAGGGGUUUGAAUGCCAUUCUCUCUCAGACCAGAAAUACAGUUGAGUGUGCUAGUGGCUAGACCAGACUCUUGUUUCAGGUCUGGUCAGGUAGGCUUCCAGACCUGGGUUCAAAUACUAUUUAGGGUAUUUAAAUGACUUUGGAAGUAUGUAUUUAUAUAUUUAUUUUUUGAAAAGACAAGUAGUUGAAUAUUGGAAUGUAUUUAGAAAUACUCUUAGAAAGUAUUUGAAAAUACUCAAAUACACUGACUCAAAUACACUCCCCUGCAUUUAAUCCAGGUUUUUGAAAAUAGUCUUUGAAUACUUUCAAGUAGUACACUACCGGUCAAAAGUUUUAGAACACCUACUCAUUCAAGGGUUUUUCUUUAUUUUUACUAUUUUCUACAUUGUAGAAUGAUAGUGAAGACAUCAAAACUAUGAAAUAACACAUAUGGAAUCAUAAAGUAACCAAAAAAGUUUUAAACAAAUCAAAAUAUAUUUUAUAUUUGAGAUUCUUUAAAUAGCCACCCUUUGCCUUGAUGACAGCUUUUGCACACUCUUGGCAUUCUCUCAACCAGCUUCACCUGGAAUGCUUUUCCAACAGUCUUGAAGGAGUUCCCACAUAUGCUGAGCACUUGUUGGCUGCUUUUCCUUCACUCUGCGGUCCAACUCAUCCCAAACCAUCUCAAUUUGGUUGAGCUCGGGGGAUUGUGGAGGCCAGGUCAUCUGAUGCAGCACUCCAUCACUCUAGUUCUUGGUAAAAUAGCCCUUACACAGCCUGGAGGUGUGUUGGGUCAUUGUCCUGUUGAAAAACAAAUGAUAGUCCCACUAAGCCCAAACCAGAUGGGAUGGCGUAUCGCUGCAGAAUGCUGUGGUAGCCAUGCUGGUUAAGUGUGCCUUGAAUUCUAAAUAAAUCACAGACAGUGUCACCAGCAAAGCACCCCCACACCAUAACACCUCCUCCUCCAUGCUUUAUGGAGGGAUAUACACAUGCGGAGAUCAUCCGUUCACCCACACCGCGUCUCACAAAGACACAGCAUUUGGAACCAAAAAUCUCCAAUUUGGACUCCAGACUAAAGGACAAAUUUCCACCGGUCUAAUGUCCAUUGCUCGUGUUUCUUGGCCCAAGCAAGUCUCUUCUUAUUGGUGUCCUUUAGUAGUGGUUUCUUUGCAGCAAUUUGACCAUGAAGGCCUGAUUCACACAGUCCCCUCUGAACAGUUGAUGUUGAGAUGUGUCUGUGACUUGAACUCUGUGAAGCAUUUAUUUGGGCUGCAAAUUCUGAGGCUGGUAACUCUAAUGAACUUAUCCUCUGCAGCAGAGGUAACUCUGGGUCUUCCAUUCCAGUGGUGGUCCUCAUGAGAGCCAGUUUCAUCAUAGCGCUUGAUGGCUUUUGCGACUGCACUUGAAGAAACUUUCAAACUUCUUUAAAUGUUCUGUAUUGACUGACCUUCAUGUCUUAAAGUAAUGAUGGACUGUCGUUUCUCUUUGCUUAUUUGAGCUGUUCUUGCCAUAAUAUGGACUUGGUCUUUUACCAAAUAGGGCUAUCUUCUGUAUACCCCCCUAGCUUGUCACAACACAACUGAUUGACUCAAACGCAUUAAGAAGGAAAGAAAUUCCACAAAUUAACUUUUAAGAAGGCACACCUGUUAAUUAAAGUACAUUCCAGGUGACUACCUAAUGAAGCUGGUUGAGAGAAUGUCAAGAGUGUGCAAAGUUGUCAUCAAGGCAAAGGGUGGCUAUUUGAAGAAUCUCAAAUAUAAAAUAUAUUUUGAUUUGUUUAACACUUUUUUGGUUACUACAUGAUUCCAUAUGUGUUAUUUCAUAUUUUUGAUGUCUUCACUAUUAUUCUACAAUGUAGAAAUAGUAAAAAUAAAGAAAAACCCUUGAAUGAGUUGGUGUUCUAAAACUUUUGACCGGUAGUGUAUAUAGUGGUGUCCGUGUCAAAUCAUCACUUUUUAGAUACUGUUUUUAUUCUAGUUUUUCUAUUAUCUUUCCUCCCCUCACUUUUCAAUUUCUUUGAUCCAGGGUCAGUAUGGAAGAGGCAGAACUGGUAAAGGACCGACUCCAAGCAAUAACGGUAAACUGAUCUGGAAUCAGUCUGGUCCUCUUACAGCAAAUCAACUUCUGAAUAAUACCUGUUUCAAGUACUGUAGUAAGAUUCAUAACUAUAUUGUAUCUGCAGGAUAAGAGAAAAGUCCAAGAAGACAUUGUUCAUAAAAAGCUGGAAAUAGACAAGGAAAAGUUAAAGCUUCAGCACUUAAAGGUACAGUACGAUAAUGUGAUGAAGUGAUCAAAUUAUAGUUUAUUUUAUAAAUAGUCAGACCACAUAAUUUCAACAACAUUGGAUGAAUUCGUAAAUCAAUAUCUAAUGACAGUGAGAAUUCCAGGCAUUAAAGCUUGCUGACAGUUUUAUAUUUUAUAGUCACUGCAGUUGUGCAGUCCAUUAAAAGACAUAUCAGCACGUAAAAAAUAAUAUGUCAGCCAUGACACUUAAGCCAUAAUGUUUCCUCAUCUGCUUUGAACAGAAAAAGUCUCUGAGGGAGCAGUGGCUCAUGGAUGGAGCGAGCAACCAAAGCCCACAGCAGAGAGAAACUUUGAGGGGAGAUCAACAGCAAACUAAACUCCUCCAGACCAGCAUCCACAGGUACAGUAAGCCAAGACAACAUACUCCAUUUGUGCAUGUUUAUCUAUGUUUAUGUUUUUUUAAUGUUUAUGUUUAUGUUUAUGUUGAUCUAUGUUUACAUUGCUGGUUUAACAUGGCUGCCUGAUCGAAUACAGGCCUUAUUAUGUUGAGAAAUGUUUUUAGCAAAUGUUGGUUAUGUGUUAUAUGCAAGUGCUAGUUAAGUAUUAUAAAUCUUACUCAUUUGUGCUGGUUAAGUGUUAUAUAUCUUACUCAUUUAAAACAUCUGUACCACUUACAGUCAAGUGAUGCUUUUAAAUCAAAUCAAAUCAAAUCAAAUUGUAUUGGCCACAUGCGCCGAAUACAACAGGUGCAGACAUUACAGUGAAAUGCUUACUUACAGUCCUUAACCAACAGUGCAUUUAUUUUUUAUAAAAAAGUAAAAUAAAACAACAACAAGAAAGUGUUGAGAAAAAAAGAGCAGAAGUAAAAUAAUAUAACAGUAGGGAGGCUAUACAGGGGGGUACCGGUGCAGAGUCAAUGUGCGGGGGCACCGGCUAGUAGAGGUAGUUGAAGUAAAUGGGGAUGCCUGUUCUAUUUAUUUGAUUUCUAUGCUCAAGGGCCAGGCACUGUAUCACACUGCAUCAACACCCUGAAGACAACAUGUAUUGGACUGUCUGUGGUGAAGGGCAGUCCAUCCACUGUCCAGUUAGACCUAAAUCCCUUAGAUGUGUACCAAUUUGACCAAGUGACCGUCAGUGCGUUCCCUGAAAAGGUGCUGGUAAUAAGACAGCAGCAGAGUGAUCUUUAGGUCCACCAACUCCCGUAACUGAGAUGGAAGUAAAAAUUGUUUUUACCUAACGAAAACCACCUAGGAUUGAAACAUUUGUCAUUAUUAAAAGGUGGCAUAAGGAGUGAUAUAGUGUUCUGGCCUUUUUUGUUUCUUUACUAAAAGAGAAGGACAUCUACAAAUAGACUCAUUCUGCACUCCCCCUUCCACUCAAUAGACACUUGUUAAUAUUUCACAGAGUAGGUGCCAAUCUGUUAGGGUGGUACCGCUUUGGGGUUGUGCCAUUUGGACUGUAGGUGUCAAAGUGGCAGGGUUGUACCAGUUGGCUGGAAUGGCACAGCUUUGAUGGGGUUGGCAGAGGAGGGAUACCGGGGCCGUUGACCCAAAGUCUGUCUGAUGCCAGCCAUGAUCAGUUUGCUAAGUUACACCUCUGAUGAAAUUACAGUCAGAACAGAAAGUUUUCAGAAGAUGAGAAAACAGUCAGCUCACUGAUCCGUUCCUCACCCCUACUCCGCUCGUCUAUGAGGUGAUAUGACCUUUGACCCUUUCUGUCUGGGCUUGCAGGAUUGAGAAAGAGAUUGAGGCUCUGGAGAGGGAAGAGACAAUGAUUUCAAAAAAUGAGGGCUUCAUACUGAAGAGGCUGAAAGCUAUCGAGAAAACACCUGAGGAGAUAAUAAAGGUACUUGGACAGUAUGGUACUUAUUGACAUUGAGCUAUUUCUGUCUUAGAUGUUUUGCUUUGGCCAUAAUUAGAGUACUGUAGAUGUAGAUCUAACACUGUUGUAUCUGAAAGUUUUAUUUGAGGUUGGUGACUUUUAGUAUCUUGUUUUAUGUUAUCUUACAGGAAGCAAAGGAGAAUUUCAAAGAAGGUAAGUCCUUUUGCUAGCUUGCUGAUUACGUUUCCGUGACCGAAAUUAUUGGCACCGUUGACAAAGAUGAGCAAAAAAGACUGUACAAAAUAGAUAAUACAAAUCGUGACUUCACAUUAGUGCCAAUAAUGACAGACAAGCUGUUGAUAAGGUUAUAUCUGUGCAAAGCAUAGUUCUGAGAUAUUCAGCAUCACAUUUUUCACAUCCCAGAUCUCAGAUCUGUUUUUGUAGUGAAUUCUUCUUUCAUAACCCAUAUCCACACCUUAAAGGUAGCUAAAGUGCAGAGUAUCAAAAUCGUGAGACAUUUGUAAAUUUGUUUUUUAGGGGGGUGGAAUCGCAGACAGAACCUUAUGGCUCUGAAAUGUCAAUCUGGGUUCAGCCAUAAGGUUCUAUCUGACACCUCUGAAUUAGACAUGUUCAGUUUUUAAGAAAACUGUAGCUAUUUGAAUACAUAAAUGAUAGAAUAACACUAUUUUACCAAGAUAGAGUCAGAACACAUAAUCAAAUACAUAACAUGUAUUAUGAUCAUCAGACGAAUUACUGUCAUCACUGAACAACAAUGUGACAACAUCAUUUACUUUUAAGAUUUCUGACAGUGUUGGUUUUUUGCUUGCGUGCCAUUAUUGCUGGCUAGACUAGCCCCCUAGUCCAUACUUAGAGGGAGAUGGUCCAUCUGUAUUUUUUCAGGCUUGUGAUUGGAUUGAAGCUAGAACCUUAUAGUGCCAAGUUCAAAUGGGUUUAUGCAGAUAGAACUUUCUAGUUUUGAAAUGUUUUCACUUAAAGGGAUUCUAAGGGAUUUUGGCAGUGAGGCCCUUUAUCUACUUCCCCAGAGUCAGAUGAACUCGUGGAUACCAUUUUUAUGUCUCUAUGUCCAGUUUGAAGGAAGUUGCUGCUUAGCGCUAGAAGUCUCGUUAUUGGGUUAAGUCUAGUUAGCGUUGGCUCACACAACUACCUCUAACUUCCUUCAUACUGGACACAGAGGCAUACAAAUGGUAUCCACGAGUUCAUCUGACUCUGGGCUAUGUAGAUAAAGUAUAAAUUUAAAUUUAAAAUGUUCUUAUAAAAAAAUCUAACUUAUGAAGAACCAUCUAAAGAUCAAUUAUGUGUGACUAACAAAUGUUUGACAAAAAUGUCAGAUAGAACCUUAUAGUUACAAGGUCUCAAAAUAUUGAGCUAUAUUGUAUGCUCCACAUAUAUAUUAAUAUAUUAAUACAAUUGCUCAGAGAAAGAGAUUUUGUUUAACAAGUUUUUAAAAAACGACAAAUAGGGGUCCAAAUUAUUGGCCUCGUUUUGACGAUAAUUCAGCAGCCUCUGCUGCUCUUUGGGAACGGUGCGGGUGAAGCAUGCCUCUGUUUAAUGCAGCGCGCCAGAAUAGUUAUUCCACUGUCAGAAGAAAUUCCAUGCAUAUUAAUAUAUGUUAAUUGCAUGCAAAUAAAGAUUGCUUAUCUACCACAUCCACAAUGGAAGCACAAUCAUGGCCUCGGAUUCACAGGUGGAGGACUUCUGUGCCCAAUCAUGGCCUCGGAUUCACAGGUGGAGGACUUCUGUGAGAGGUCACUGUUAUGCCUGAAUUCAACACAAAACAAACGAGGAAGUCUGCUGCAGUGUUGCGAGUGAUUGUAUGAAACCAAUCGGUACGUCAAGCAAAGCUUAUAACCGUGCCAGCCCGGCAGGUAGCUUAGUGGUUAAGAGCGUUGUGCCAGUAACCGAAAGGUCGCUGGUUCUAAUCCCCGAGCCAACUAGGUGAAAAAUCUGUCAAUGUGCCCUUGAGCAAGGCACUUAACCCUAAUUGCUCAUGUAAGUCGCUCUGGAUAAGAGCGUCUGCUAAAUGACUAAAAUGUAAAUUAUGACAACUCCAUUCCUAUUUCCAAUUCCUGGAGGUGGAGGAAGCGGGGCUUGCGUGCACCUCCAAGGAGGAAGCAGCCCCCGAGCCCUUGGUUCGGGUAAACCCCCGAAGUGAGGGUCUGAGCAACCAGUGUGCCCUUCCACAAAAACAUUGCUAUGACAACAGUGCCCCGAACAUUUGGUUACGGCCAAACAGGAUAAUAUGUAGCCAUUGCCGGAGCUUGUCCAUGUUUAAUGCCCCCUCUGUUACUCCAUGUUCCACUGGGUUCAAGGGGCAUAUUGAUCUCCCCAGAGUGAGAGUAAUAAGGGGGCACCCCUCCCCCAUAGGUGUCUCAUUACUGGGAUUCAUUGCUGAUUCCUGCCUGUAGCUCACUAGACCCUAUGAGGUAUCUAGUGAUGCAGGUUAUGGGUUCUAUAGGUGAUUGGUUGUUGGUAGCAGAGUCGAGGGUUGAACCCGACAAUGCUAUUAUCCCACACACAGUCUCUGUGGUUCCUAUGAACCCCGAAAUGAGCUGUCUGUCUCCAGCUCAACACUUUUAAUUCCUGGGAAUUAGAUUCAAUUACGAAUUGCCCCUGUCUGUUACCAUAGAAUGGGUCAAUUUUUCAGAGCUGUCUGUCCCAUUCCCGGGUGGGUUACAAGACGCUUAGUCGCCAGUACCCAUGACUGGUUGGUAGCGUAACCUCCAUGAUAACAGAUUUUUCCCUGGGUCUAUUUAUAAUGCAUGCGGUCCUACACUGGGUGCCAGCCGGUUACCAGAACACAUCUUACUGCCUAAACCAAGUGAGGCUUGUUGUGACAACAGUACCUCCAAGUGACACUGCCAAUUGGGGUACGUCGCUGAUGGCCGGAGCCGUUGUACCCAGAGUGGGCCAGGCUUUAAGCAAACCGUAGCACAGAAAAACACUGUUUUUUCAACCCCAGGUUCCACAGGGUUCAUGGGUGUCGAAAGUGUUCUGUCUCCAUCAUGUAAGUUCAAUUAAAAGUGUCUCUUCUCCAAAUUCAGACACACGGAUGUCAAGAGUGGUGGAAAUUGAAAAAUAACCAUUCUCUCCCAGUCCACAAGGUGGCGUCUCACCCCUUCAGAUGGCACUUCACGGGAGGCUCACUGUCUGCUCUGACCAUUAGUUUGCAUGUAGUGUCGCACUGGAUCAUGAGAACAGUGAUGUUGGGGUACGGGCUAUAAUUUGUUGUGUGUGUCCUGCGCUUCUGCAGUAUUAUCACGUCGACUGUUCCCGAGGUCUCAGCGCUCGUUUUGAGGGAGAAAAUAUCCUACCUUCUCCAGAAGCAGGCUUCAAAAUUGUAUAUCGUACACUGUAGUUGGAGGAAACAUAGGAAAGUUAUGCUGCUUUAAAAGUUGAUCAACCUGUUAUCCCACUUAAAAGACAAGCAGGAGAAAAUGCCCUUUUGAUGAGAUUUUUACACUUCCUAGAGAGUUCUUCUUUGUUUACGCCCAUUCUAGCAUCGUUCAUACCCUCUUAAGCCUUAGCCCCACCCACACAUGUAAAAGCAUGUGAGUCAGCAUGGCAUUGCCCUCCAAAAAGUAGUUUCUCUACUUAAACCCAGCUAAACUCAGGGCAGCAAUGUUUUUGCGAGCUGCAGCAACACUUUUGCAGUUGUCGAUAGCUAUACUGUAUCUUUCAAAAAAUCGGCGAUAGCAAGUAUUAGCUAUAUACUGACCAGGGAAGAGCCCAUUCUGUUAUAGACAGAAGCCUUUGACAUGACAGACCAAUCAGGGCUCAUCUCUCUGCAUGUCCAACCACGCCAUUAUCUCAGCCAAUCAUGAAUAGCCAGGAAGGAUCCUAUCUUUCUCCCUGUAUAGCUCAGUGCUUUCUCCUUGGCUCAACUAGGCUGAGCAUUUAACAUUUGUAUUAAUAUUUACAGAUCCCAUACAAGUUUGUAAUUAAUGCACAUGAAAGUUCACAUGUUCAAGAAGGCAUUUCUGCAACAAAAUAAAUAAAUUUUUAUGGCCCUACUGUGAAGUAGGAACCAGCUUCAAAUGCCUCAGAUCCUGUAACCGGUCAAAUAUAGGAAAUGCUCAGCAUUGCGAGAAUACAAACUGUCGUCUGUUUUUCUCGAUGAGGCCUCGGACCCUCCUUUAUGCAUUUACCCCCGUGGAGCUGAUUCGGCCCAUGUUGGGGAGGGUGCGCCUGGAGGGCUUGUCAUAGAUUUUUGGGUCCCUCGGCCAGAGAUUUGGGGUCUGUGGCUCGUGCCCUGGUGGUGCAGUUCCUAAAGGGUGUGCGCCGUCUCAGACAGGUUUCUAAACCUAUUGUGCCCACUUGGGAUUUAGCUUUGGUUUUGGAUGUUCUGUGUUAUGCCCCCUUUUGAACCACUGGAGUCUGUGGAUCUGAAGAUCCUCUCCUACAAAACCUCCUUGCUAGUGGCUUUCGCCUCGGCUAAACACGUUGGGAAUCUCCAUGCCUUAUCCGUACACCGUUCCUGUAUUCAGUUCGCCCCUGGCGACUCUAAGGUGACAUUGCGUCCUAAUAUGGCCUUCGCCCCUAAGGUCAUGACUAUGUCCUACAGGUUCCUAAUGGUGUGCAUGGCCAAAGAGCUCUAUUUUCAUGUCAACUAACAAAUGUAAAUGGCUGAAGUUUUUUAAACAGCAUUGGCACUAGCAUUGGAACUGGUGCUAUGGUCAGAUGACAUGAAAAUAGAGCUCUUUGGCCACGCACACCAGUAGUGGGUUUGGCGUCGAAAGAAGGAUGCGAUAAGCAGAAAAUAACCCCAUACCUACUGUAAAAUGUGGUGGUUGAUCUUUGAUGUUAUGGGGCUAUUUUGCUUUCACUGGUCCUGGGGCCCUUGUUAAGGUCAACGGUAUCAUGAACUUUACCCAGUACCAGGAUAUUUUAGCCAAAAACCUAGUUGCCUCUGGCAGGAGGCUGAAACUAGGCCCAGCAAGCAUCAAAUUCCACAAAUAAAUUGUUAAUUGACCACAAAAUCAACAUUUUGCAAUAGCCAUCGCAGUCUCUGGACUUGAACCCCUUUGAAAGCCUUUGAUCUGAAUUGAAGAGGGCAGUCCAUAAGCGCACACAAAGAAUAUCAAGAAUCUGGAAAGAUUCUGUAUGGAGAAAUGUUCUAAGAUCCAUCCCAAUCUGUUCUUCAAUCUCAUAAAACAUUUCAGAAAAAGGCUCAGUGCCGUUAUUCUUGAAAGGGGAGGGUGCCGGAAUAUUGAAAACAGGGGUGCCAAUAAUUUUGACCUAUCUUUUUGAGAAUAAAUAUAUAUAUAUAUAUUUCUCUGAGCAAUUGUAUUAGUAUAACAUAAUCUAAUUUUCCCAUUUUGUUGUGCAUACAAUAUAGCUCAGUAUUUGUAUUAUUUAUUUUAUGCAGUCUUUUUUGCUCAUCUUUAUCAAGGGUGCCAAUAAUGUCGGUCAUGACUGUAUUUGUUCAAACAUAUUAAAUUAUACACAUAAAUCAUUGGCAAUACAAAAAUAAACAUUGCUCCUUUUCUUUUGCAGAGCCAAUCCAUAUCACCACAGCUACUCCAGAUGCCCCAAAGUCCUACAAAUCUCUAAUCUCAAAGAAGCAGUCCUUUGAAUAUAAUAAGGACACACCCAAACAAAGUAAGAAACUUCAUAGUAACAUUUAUUACAACAUUAGCAUGUACUAUAGAUCUGACACAACCCUAUUUUUAUCUAACUUCAACCCAUCUCUCUCUCCAACUCUCCCUUCCUCUUCCAUUCUGUCUCUCCUCCCUCUCUCCUCCUCCAGCCAUGUUUGCCAUGGAGAUCAACGUCCAGAAGGACCUCCGUACUGGGGAGACUCAGGUCCUGUCCACAUCCACCGUCACCCCCCAGGAGCUCCAGCAGAGAGGGGUCAAAGUCUAUGACGACGGCCGCAAGUCUGUCUAUGCCCUGCGGUCUGAUGAGUCUCAGCUGGGGGAUGGUUCUAACAGAGUGGACGAGCUCAGCCCUAUGGAGGUGGAGGUGCUGCUCAGAGCAGCUACAGAGCAGAAGAAGUCUCAACGCAGCCCACUGGGCCACCAAGGCCAUCAGGAAUCAAUGUCUGCAUUCUCCACCCCCUGUGGAGCUCGGGGCCAUCAGGGACUCAGCCCUGUGGAGGUGGAGGAGCAGCUCCGAAAGGCUACAGUGCAGAAGAUGCCUCAAAGCGGGGCUUUCCCAAAAGACCACCGGGGCCACCAGGAAUCAGUGCCUGCAUUCUCCAAAACCUGCAGCAGGAGGGCCUCAGCCCCCAACAGACCCCAACAGAGUCAUGCUAAAGUCAUCCACGGAACCAACGGGAACGGGUAUCAGCAAGAGUCGUAUAAGCGUGAUGUCCUCUCCAGGAAGGAGCUCCACUAUAUUGAUGGAGUCCACUACUCAGGGCAGGAGAGUCUUUCCUCCUCCCCUCACAUUCCAGUCCGUUCUUUCAUUGGCAGGCAGGACGAGGAGUACUACCAGCCAAACAACGGGUACAACCAGAAUCCUUUCACCUACGGUGUGGAGAAAGGGUUCACCACCCACGACUCCUACCAUAUCCCUAGAGAGAGCCAGCGAGGCGGGAUGUUCUACGACUCGUUGGCUGAAAUGGACCGGAAGCCGUCCCCGAUCUACCAGGAAGACUCGCACUUCAGUAUCCUGAACACCAUGGACACGUCCGAGCCUGUCACCGCCAUCUUUAUGGGCUACCAGACCGCAAAGGAUGACAGCGGACGUGGUCUUGGCUAUGAAGGAUCCAUCCGGGCCGAGCUUGUCGUCAUUGGCGACGAGGAUGGGGUGGACAAGAGUAACCCUCAGUUCAACACCUACACCCCGGAUGGCUACAACAACCGGGGCUACCAUCACUGUCAACCUCAACAGAACUUAAUAAAAUACAUGGCAGAGCCCACAGCAAAUUUUAACUCAAACAAUGCUUCACCGUACACAGCGUCAAAGAAUUUGGUCUACCCUGGUCAACAGGCCAAAGAGGCACACUACCUGUAUUCAGACGAACAGUCCGACGAGGACAGGACAGAGAAGCACUCUGCCCCAGGUAUCAGAAAUAUAAAAAAUAUUAAAAAGAGAACAAAGCCCUGCUGCACGCUCAUGUAACCAACCUGCAACUGCUGACACUACUGUAACUAACAAAUGUCACUUAAUUUGCUUUGACUGACAGCACUUUUGAGGUCUUUCAUUGGCUGGCUAGUGUGUUGAACUGUAUGCUGGUUACUUGGCUUCUUUGCUGCAUCAGUUUCUCCUUGUCUUAACCAUUGCAACACAGACUGACCUGAAACUCUCAUUCUAAUCACAAUUUAUCACUGUAUAAAUACAUAGUGACGUUGCGUAUCCAUACGAGAGCUUGUUUUGAUGCUUGAAGUCAAACUCUGCCUCUCUCUAGUGGCUGAGAGGCAUUCUGCCUCCCUCUAAUGUCUGAGAGGCAGUUGUACUGUAUCUUUGGUUCUCUUUUAAGUAUUUGUUUCAACAUCUAAUAUGAAGGAUUCACCAGAAUCUCAUAAGCUUGAAGAACCAUUUACACACGUCUGUCGGAGACAGACAGGUCGAGUGGCAAAUGAGGUGAGCCCCUCCCCUCAUUCUAAAGAGCUACUUGCCCGCCCUCUGGUCAUUCUCACCUCUCUUCCUCAUGUAGAGUACUACUCUAAGCUCUCCUUAGCAUGACUUUGUUUUCCUGUUCAACUGUUCGUAGGUGUGCUGUGAGGUUAGGCCACCAAGCGCAGGUUUUUCAGCUUUUGUCUUCUGUGUUGGGUGACUUUACCAAAAGGAACGUUUUCGCUUUGGGUAGGAAUGAGCUUUUCCGCCUUUUCUUCCCUUUGUCUCCUGUGGUGGCUACUGAGACUUGGCUAGCUUAGCUGCAAUGCUAGCUAUCCUACUGACUGGUUUUUCUACCGACUGGUAUUUCUACCUGGAAGGGUACAAUUACUAGCUCGCUCUCUCGUUUAGCUCAACCCACUACCGUGCCGCGUUGACUAGACCGACCAUCCUAGCUUUCACUGCUUAUCGGUCAAGAGCCACACUUUUGUUCAUCGCAAGACCAACAUAGCGCUAGCUUCCUUUGGCUAACAUUGUGCUAACUAGCUAGGCUACUAUCCCACAAGGCGAAUGCUAGCUACGUUCACAUUGUUAAAGGAUUCGUUUCUCCGGUUAGCACUGUGCUAAAUAGCUAGGCUAUUAGCCCACGUGGCGAAUGCAAGUUAUGUUUCACUUUGUUCUCAGAUUAGCUGUUUUUUGGAGCCAUGGAGCCAAGCAACAGACGACGAUCCCCAAUCAUGUGCCCUUGUAGAUUAGAUGGUUUAUUAGUCACAUGCACAGGAUCGCAGAUGUAAUCGCAAGGUACAGUGAAAUUGUUAUGCUCCGAGCUCCAUCAGUGCAGGUAAAAAAAAGAAGAAAAGUGAAUGAGACAAUAAUAAAACUAACAAUAAUAAUAAUAAAUAAUAUAUACACAUUUACAACUGAAGCAGUGAUAAAUGUCCAUUGGGGGUUGGAGGUAGGUUACGUUUUCUUUGGGGGGGGGGGGGGGGGGUGUAGAAUGUCCAUAGUGGGAGCAGCAAAGGGAGAAGUGAAUGAAACAAUAAUAAAUAAAUAAAAUAUGUACAUAUUUACAGCUGUAACAAUGAUAAAUGUCCUUUGGGGGUUGGGGGCAGGGUAAUUCUUUGUUGGGGGGAGUUGAAUAUCCAUAGGGGGAGCAGCGGGGGGGGUUGCUGCCUAGUGGCUAUUCAGCAGCCUGAUGGUCUUGGGGUAGAAGCUAUUAGCCAGUCUGACAGUUUUUGCCAUGAUACUCCUAUACUGCCCGCGUCUGAGUGAUGGAAAAGGGGAGAACAGGCUGUCGCUCGGGUGGCUGAGAUUCUUGAUGAUCUUUUUGCCCUUCCUGCGACACCGGUGUCGUAGGUGUUCUGGAGGGCAGGCAGUGAGCACCCAAUUGUGCAUUCGGCUGAGCGUACCACGCUUUGUAGAGCCUUGCAAUCAUUGUAGGGAUUUUCCUGCUAACACCCACCAUCGGAGAGUGCGCAGAGUAGCCCAAUGUGGUUUGUCUUCCACACCGACCCCAUAGUGAUGAGCUUUGAGGGCACUAUGGUGUUGAACGCUGAGCUGUAGUCAAUGAAUAGCAUUCUCACGUAGGUGUUCCUUUCGUCCAGGUGGAAAAGGGCAGUGUGGAGUGCAAUAGAGAUUGCAUCAUCUGUGGAUCUUUUGGGGCGGUAUGCAAAUUGGAGUGGGUCUAGGGUUUCUGGGAUAAUGGUGUUGAUGUGAGCCAUGACCAGCCUUUCAAAGCACUUCAUGGCUACAGACGUGAGUGCUAUGGGUCUGUAGUCAUUUAGGCAGGUUACCUUCGUGUUCUUGGGCACAGGGACUAUGGUGGUCUGCUUGAAACAUGUUGGGAUUACAGACUCAGUCAGGGACAGGUUGAAAAUGUCAGUGAAAACACUUCCCAGUUGGUAAGCGCAUGCUCGGAGUACACAUCCUGGUAAUCCGUCUGGCCCUGCGGCCUUGUGAAUGUUGACCUGUUUAAAGGUCUUACGUACAUCGGCUACGGAGAGCGUGAUCACACAGUCGUCCGGAACAGCUGAUGCUCUCAUGCAUGCUUCAGUGUUGCUUGCCUCGAAGCAAGUCUAGUUUUUCGGAACGGGUCUCUAUAUUUUGUACAUUUAUUUAUGCGUAGCGGGUCUGGGUGGGAAAGCCCCAGGUCCAUUUCGGAAUGAGUCCAACUUUUUGGACCUGUGAAGACCUCUAACCAGAGGUAUGGCUACUUCUUGGGCGCUGUUCAAGGGCAUCUCCUUACAGGAGAUUUGCGAUGCAGCUCGUUGGGCAUCCCUUACAUUUACAUUUACAUUUACAUUACAUUACAUUUUAGUCAUUUAGCAGACGCUCUUAACCAGAGCGACUUACAGGAGCAAUUAGGGUUAAGUGCCUUGCUCAAGGGCACAUUAACGUCAUUUAGCAGACGCUCUUAGCCAGAGCGACUCACAAAUUGGUGCGUUCACCCUAUAGCCAGUGGGAUAACCACUUUACAAUUUGGGGGGGGGGGGGGGGUUAGAAGGAAUACUUUAUCCUAUCCCAGGUAUUCCUUAAAGAGGUGGGGUUUCAAAUGUCUCCGGAAGGUGGUGAGUGACUCCGCUGUCCUGGCGUCGUGAGGGAGCUUGUUCCACCAUUGGGGUGCCAGAGCAGCGAACAGUUUUGACUGGGCUGAGCGGGAGCUAUGCUUCCGCAGAGGAAGGGGAGCCAGCAGGCCAGAGGUGGAUGAACGCAAUGUCCUCGUUUGGGUGUAGGGACUGAUCAGAGCCUGAAGGUACAGAGGUGCCGUUCCCCUCACUGCUCCAUAGGCAAGCACCAUGGUCUUGUAGCGGAUGCGAGCUUCAACUGGAAGCCAGUGGAGUGUGCGGAGGAGGGGGGUGACGUGAGAGAACUUGGGACUCAUCUUUAGUAUGAGGGAAGGGGCUCACCUCAUUCACCACUCGACCUGUCUCUCUCCGACAGACAUGUUUGAUUGGUUCUUAGAGCUGAUGAGAUUCUGCUGAAUCCAUCAUGUGAGAUAUCUCAGUCAUAAUAUCAGAGAACCGGGGUUACGCAAGUAACCUUAUGUUUCCUAAGUGAGGCCAAAUGGUCUUUGACUGCUUGUAUAAUAUGUAAAAUAUGAUUUGAUAUUUUUUUGUUUAUUCCUUUUGGGUAACAAAGAUAAAAUUGACUUUUUUACUGACAUAUUGUAAAUCACUAGUGUGAACGUACAUUGCACUGACUAAAUAAUUGUUUUGUACUAACUUAAUAUUAAUUAUUUGUAUGUGUGUUUUCUAGAAUCUAUUUUCUACAUUACAAUGCUGGUAUGCCAUGACUGUCCUCUGUAUACUUACAGUAGUAUGCAUGAUUGCUUGCCCUGUAACUUAAACAAUAAUUUACUAAUUAUUAGCUGGCUUACUCCUCUUGUGUAACAAUGAUCUGUUUGAUUGUGUGAGUACAUGGGUGUGUGCAUAUAGUGUGUGUGUGUGUGUGUGUGUGUGUGUGUGCUGCUGAACUAUUUUGUGCAUAUUUCAAUGUUUGCUUUAUUUAUCAUUAAUGCAUGUCCCCACACAGAGACUACACACACACAAACAAACACAACCAUGUGUCCAAUAACACUCUCACCCUCUGUCACCUUUCAUAAUCUUUCUGAGCACACAGACGGACAGUGGACGGUCUGGACCUUAAUGGUCUUAACAGUCCAGACAUCAAUCAGAUCAUUAGACACGGAUGUCUCCCGAACUAAUAGGCUUUUGACACAUAACUGAGGACAUACACCAAUCUUAGCUCACAAGUCUUGUGGUUGGUUCAGACAGUCCUUUUCCUAACAACUGUGUCUGCUUGGUGAGUAGGCUAUGGGAAGGUGGGUAUUACCAAACUUCACAGAAAGAGCUGGGGUGCGUUCAGUUCGCUUCAAUGUUUACUACGUUGCUUGACCGUGUGGUCAAUAUGCCCCACCAUUUGGUAUCACAACCUUUUUUAACUGGACUCUUCUACCAUUUCUGUUGAAUUCAACGUUGCACACCAUUCUGUCGUACUGAACACAACCCUGUCCCAUACUUUUGUCAUGAGGUUAUUUUCAGGAGUUACAUUAAUAGAAACAUAGCACAACUAAUCUGAAUUAGUCCUAAUUGAUGUGAUAUGAGGUGAUAUGGUAAAUGUGUGUCAUUUUCUCUUACAUUCCCCACAGCUUCAAUUACAAGUAUGGAGAAACCUGAACAGUUUGUGUAAAAAUACACCAUGCAAGACUCAGCAACCCUACAAGUUCCAUGAGAAGAAGAAAAUCAACUUUGCACAAAACAUUCAACAAACAGCAAAAAGGGCACUUCUGAGAUGCCAUCAAUAGCUAAAACCAGAGCCUUGUAUUUGGAUAUUUCUCAAAAUAUUCUCAAUAUAUUGUCAAUAUAAGGAUGUGGCUAAUACUGUAAAACAUAUGUUUUCUCAUAAUGUUUCCUUACACAGCUGAAAACUGACCAAUGAUGUCUUUUAGAGAGAAAGAAACCACCCGAAAAGUAGACUUUUGAAAUGAAUCUCUGAUCUUAAAUGUUAAAUCUGCUCAAUGUUCCUGAAGAUGUAAGUGCCUCUGAUGUUUACUGUACUCUCUAGCCUUUGGUGCUGCUGUCAGCUACUAGUCAGCACUUUUGAUAUGCUAAUAAACCUUUAUGGAGUGCCUCAAUAUUAUAUGCUGUUGAAACUGUAACAUGGGAGCAUAUUUGUAAAAGAUAAUCAUGCUAACAAAAUAAUAAAAAAG